CAUGUGAGCUUUAUUAAUUAAUCAAUCAAGGAAACAUUAAAAAGAUAACGUGAAUAUCUGACCGUUAUUUUGUUUCUCCUCGAGGCCGUUUUCUUUCUUGUAUCGAAACUGUUCUUCCCCAUGUAUGAAUUCUUCUGCCACUCUUCACUCAUUCAAUUGCACCCUCUGACUUCAAACCGCUAUACAUCAGAAAUUGCACAGUAUUAGCACAUAAGCAUAAACUUGAAGGAAUUGUCACUCGAAUACAAUAGAAGGGCAUUUCACAUCUUGCUUCAGGUUUUGAAUAAAGAAGAAUCUAAUUCAAGUGAAUAAUGGUCGUCAACAGAUUGAAGCGGGAGCAAUGUGACCGAACAAAACAUGAUUCUAGCUUCUCCCGCUGGAAGAUUCUUAUUGGUCCUUCUGAUUGGGAAGACUAUUCCAAAGAAAAGGAAGGAUCUACCAGAUACAGGAUUCACAACCUUCCUCAGAAAUUGGGUCCGGGGGUGUACGAGCUUGGAGUAGCUGUGUCGCGUAGUAAUCUGGGCCGUGAAAUUUACAAGCUUUCCACUGACCCUCGUCGUAUAGUUGUGGUUUACCUUGGAAAAGCUGACAAUGUGAGAGCAAGACUCCAGCGUUAUGGCAGGAAUGGAGCUCAUUUGAGUAACACUUGUAUGUCAGAUGACUCUUCUCUGCGAACGGGAAGGUCAUUGUUUCAGGAGAUAUUUUCACAAGGCUUCCCAAUUGUUUAUAGAUGGGCUCCUAUGCAAAAUGAGGGAGAUGCCCUGAGAACAGAAUCACAGCUGCUUAGUACAUUUGAUUAUGCAUGGAACACAAUCAGUAAUGGUACAAGGCGGCCUGAUGAUAUUCAUCAAAUGCUCAACAAAUUAGCCUCAGGCACUAGAACAUUUUCAGAUGUAGCCAAAUUGAUUCUACCCUUCACCCAGAAAAAAGUGGGGAUACCAAUUAAAUCAAGCAAACUGCAUCUGACAGAUGACAAAUUAGAUGAAGCUGACAGUGGCAGCUAUAAUGUCCUAUCCCGUGUGUUCAAAUUCAACAGGUCACGUCCUAGGAUAGUUCAGGAUACCACUGUUGGUAGUGCCACUAAUGAGAAUGCUAAAAUUUGCGGAGUGAUGUUGACCGACGGUUCUAUUUGUAAAAGGCCACCGGUUGAAAAAAGAGUGAGGUGUCCUGAACACAAAGGAAUGAGAAUAAAUGCGUCCACCACCAAAGCAAUCAGAUCACCCAAGUCAGAAUUAGAAAGCAUUGUACGUAAUGCUUAUAGGUACCAAAAUGCCAGCCAUGAUGUAGAAGACCCUCCUCAAAGAACGGUUAAGUGUCAUGUUGAGGAGGGUAUCACCAAAACCAUUAUCUGUGGAAUCAUCUUGGAUGAUGGAUCUACUUGUAGAAGACAACCGGUUAAAGGAAGAAAAAGGUGCCAGGAACAUAAAGGGAGGAGAAUUCGUGCAAAUUAGAAAAAAUAAUUGAAUUUAGGAGUACACAAUUUUCGCAUAACAGAUUUAAAGUGCUAUGCAUAAACCACAUAAUGUACUUAUUCAAGCUUGCACAGAAUUUAGUUAAAAGCAAACCAUAUAUGAAUUUAGAUGGUUUUUGUUGUAUGUACAAGGCAACAAUGUGUGAAUACGUAAAGAGUAGAAGGCGGUUGAAGGUCUUAACUCCAGCAUCUGGAUUAAUGUAAGUAUACAUCGACAUUGUGGAAAAAAUAACAAACAGCUCUCAAGGCAAAAGUCAAAUAGUUGUAGCUAAUAGGUAGUAAGAUAAAAUUGUUGGCAAUUGUCAAUACAUAGACAUUACAAAGAGUAAAGAUUUGUAAAGAGAAAAUUUGUAAAGAGUAAAGACAUUUGAUACAGUGGACCAUAAGUUCAAAUCCGUAAAUUCGCCGCGAGUUCUUUACAAGCAAA